GCCAAGCAAGCCUCUCCUCCUCCUCCAGUUCCUGACCGUAGCCGUCUCUCGACCCCUUCAAGCCAGGAAAUUAAAUAAGGUCAGGAUAUGGGUUCCUCGAACAUCAGGGAUAUCUUGACAGCAUUUAGUCCUUCAUUGGACUACUUUUCUAUUAGUGCUGGAGAUGGUCGUAUUAAGAUUUGGGACACUUUGAAGGGUCAAAUUCAAACCGAAUUUGCAGACAUUGUAUCAAGCGAAGCAACAAACGUAUAUGCUAAGGCAGAAAGAGGGCAUCUUUCAAUUGAUUACAAAUGUAUUAAGUGGUUGUCUUUUGACAAAAAGAAGAAAAGGAAACUUGGAAGUUCUCUGCUCGUAUUGGGAACAGGAAGUGGCGAUGUCUUAGCACUUUAUGUGUCUGCUGGUCAGUUGAAGUGGAAAGGGUGUCAGUGCUAUUGCAUUUGCUACGAAUGGCUCUUGUUUCUAUAGUGCUGGGGUGAUGGGAUGGUUUGCAAAAUUGAUUCAUUGACCGGAAACCUUUUGGGGAAGUUCAAAGCCUCAACAAAGUCCAUAUCCUGUAUGACUGUCUCAUCAGAUGGCAAGAGGUUAGUCACUGCAGCUGCACAGUUGAAGACUUUUGAUUGUUCUAAUCACAAAAAGAUACAUAAAUUCAU